CCCGCAGCCGCGUGCCCCCUCCCUGCCAGCCUCCCACCCCUCGACCCCACCCGAGCCGGCGCGCGGACCGGAGCCGCACACCCGCGCCGCACGCGUACGGCGCCGCACACCGCAGCCGCGCGCACGGCCCUGCCUCCCUCCGCGCCCCGUCCCGCCCCAACCCAUCCGGCGCCGACGAGCCUCAGCCCCCAAUGGCGGCGGCCUUCCUCGCCUUGGCGUCCGCGUGACAUGAUCCCUAGCCCCGUGGGGGGAAUAUCCGCGCGCCCCCGAAUCGCCCCUCCAGCUAGCCCACCCCAAUCCUCGCCUCCCCACCGCAAAUCCUUCUGGACUCCUCCCUCCCUGUCUCUCUCUCUCUCUCUCUCCCCCAUCUCUCUCUACCCGCACUGCCGGAAGCACCCCGAGGCGGCCGCGAUUGCUUGCUCGCGGUUGCGUAGCCCCGGAUCGCUGGACAGGAAGAGGCUGAUCGGUGCAGUGCAUAGGAAUUGCUGGACUUGAGUCGUGUGAUACUGUGAUAUACUUAGUUUCACUGCUGAUCCUAAUCACGCCAACUUGAUUACAACCUCCGCAAGUAUGGCGCCCCCAGCUGCUGCUGCAGGCGGCGCUGAGGCUGAGGGGGCACCACGCAUGGCCAAGUUCCUCUGCAGCUUUGGAGGCAGUAUCCUGCCCCGUCCAUGUGAUGGGUGUCUCCGCUAUGUCGGUGGUGAGACUAGGAUCGUCAUGUUGCCACGUGAUAUAUCGUAUGCUGAUCUAGCAGCGCGGAUGAGAGAGCUCUACAAGGAAGCUGAUAUCAUCAAAUAUCAGCAACCUGAUGAGGAUCUAGAUGCGCUGGUCUCAGUUGUGAACGAUGAUGAUGUCGUGAACAUGAUGGAGGAGUAUGACAAGGUCAUUGCUACAGGUGAGGCAUUCACUCGACUUAGGAUCUUCUUAUUUUCGCAGCACUUGGAUGAUGAUGCUGCAUCAGCGGCUGUGCAUUACAAUGUGGACGAGCAGGAAACAGAGAGAAGGUAUGUAGAUGCGCUCAAUAGCCUUGGUGACGUUAGGUCACCUUCCUCUCCUGUAUCAGUGGAACAGCUUUUUGGCAUCAGCGGCAAUGAGUCAGGAAUUCCUGAUAUUGCUGGCUUGAGGCAUUUGAAUGUUCCUCGUCCAUCACAUAGUCAGAGGUAUGGAGAGAUGGAUUCUCCUUGGAGCCCUGCUUAUGUCUCACCUGGUCAGUAUGGAGUGCAUGAUCCUAGAGAUUUUCCCAUUUCACCAUCUUCUGCAAGGUUUCAAGUCGGAGCGGAGGAUUUUGAUGAGAGGAUUCCUGAUGACUUUGUAAGGCAGUCACCAAAAUACCGGCAUUAUGAGACUCAUUCGCCACUGCAUAUGGAUAAUUUAGUUUGGCUUCCACCUGGUGCUGUAAUUCAGCAAAAUGCAGGGUUUCCAGGUAAUCUGAGCCGUUCUAACAAUUUCUUGGAUGGAAACAAUGUAUGUGAUCGUUCACUGUUCCAGAGGGGUCAGAGUUCAGUGACUGAUCCUCGCUAUAUGGAUCCUCGUUGGAUUCGGCCAGUCCAACAACAUUUCGACCAAUCAAGCAUGACUAAUGAGUAUCCUGGUCACCCUGCUAAUUCUUGUCCAGAUUGCUGCCACCCUGGUGAGCAUUAUGUGAAAGUUCAAGAUGUUAGACUGGAAAAUGGUGUUUAUGUCAAAGAGCAAAAUGGUGUUCACCCUCCCAUGUUUUAUAAUGAAUCACAUUCUCAUGAUAGAGCUUGGCAUGCUCAUACCAGCCAAAGUCAUCAGCGAUAUGAGGAUCCAAGGCUGCAUCUUCCUGGCAAUGGUAGAGUGAUUGAGCCAUACAUCGUUGAUAGCAAUUCUGUAAAUUCUGCGUUUGCACCAAACAAUGUGUACGAAAUGCAUUCAGCAUCUCUUGGUCGCUCUAGCCAUGGAAGUCCCCACUAUUUUCAUGGCAGUAGUGAGCUUAUAAAUGAUACAUAUCACAACCAACAAGUUGGUGGUGGCCCAUAUGUGCAGCCAUCAGGGUUUGAAGAAUCCACCGGUCAGCAUUACAAGCAUUCUUCAACGUAUGGUGCGGAUUCCUUUUACCAAAUGCAGCAGAAUUUGCCACCACUUCAAUCUCUGAGGAGGAGAGCAAACAGCCCUGUUCACACUGGCUCACCAUAUGACUCACCACACCUGCCAAUACCAAAUGGGGGCAUUAACACCAACUUUGUCAGAAAUACUGAUGAUGUAAGCCCGAGGAUACCAGGUCUACCUGCAUAUGAUCGAAUGCCAAGCCCAUGGACUUCUCCCAAUGGCAACAUAUCAUAUAGAGUUGUUGGACAUGAUGUUCCUGCUGCCAUGGAAAAUGCUUGUGCUCUUGGUCCUAGGUCUAAUCCAACUACUGCUCAGUAUGUUCAGCCUCUCGUUGCCCCAGAAUCAGUCCAGCAUCAACCGGGAGGUCCAUUGAGGGAGGUUCAUCCUGAAAGAACAUAUGCUGAACCCAUGAUGUCAUCUGUUGAUGGCAAAGUGGCUGUUUCUGCAUUGCCCCUCGCUGAUCAAUUAUCCAGGUUGGAUACUAACACAAUGAAGAAAUUUGAAGGUCCAGAGGAUGAAAAGUUUACUCGAAAUGUGAAUGAAAUAACUCCUUCACAUGCUGUGGAUGAACCAAGUACCUUGCCCCACCAUGUUGGAGCUCUACAUGAAGUUGAUCUUAAGCAGGAGAAGCCAACAGAACAUGAACGCAGAACAAAGCAACAUGAAGCUAGGGCUACAGCACUACAGGAAUGUGGGGAUAUUUCAGAGGAUAGGUUGAAUUUCCUUUCUGAGUUGAUUGCCCCUGUUAAAAAGGCUGCACUGGAAGAUGCUGCUGACACACGGACAGCUCAACCAAAUGCUAAUGCUGUUGUUUCACCUGUUCCGGAUGAUGACGAUAAUGGAAAGAAGUUGUAUGAGGCAACUGCUGCUAAUACUGAUGCAAAUCAGAACUCUGAUGUGCAUGGAAGCGGUGAUCAGCAGAAAAGUUCCAAGAUUGAGUCUACUACUGCUGAAGCUGAAGCUUUGUCUAAAGGACUACAGACUAUAAAAAAUGAUGAUUUGGAGGAAAUUAGAGAGCUGGGUUCUGGUACUUAUGGGGCGGUCUAUCAUGGUAAAUGGAGGGGAUGUGAUGUCGCCAUUAAAAGAAUAAAAGCUAGUUGCUUUGCUGGAAGACCAUCUGAGAGAGAACGUUUGAUUGCGGAUUUUUGGAAAGAAGCUCUGAUCCUGAGCUCAGUUCAUCAUCCAAAUGUGGUUUCAUUUUAUGGUGUAGUUCGUGAUGGUCCGGAUGGAAGCUUAGCAACCGUUACUGAGUUUAUGGUCAAUGGGUCUCUCAAACAGUUCUUGAGGAAAAAAGACAGGACAAUUGAUCGUCGCAAGAGAGUAAUAUUAGCCAUGGAUGCUGCAUUUGGCAUGGAGUAUUUGCAUGGGAAGAAUAUAGUCCAUUUUGACCUUAAGUGUGAGAAUCUACUGGUGAACAUGAGAGAUCCUCAGCGACCAAUCUGCAAGAUUGGUGAUCUCGGACUAUCAAAGGUUAAACAGCAUACUUUGGUAUCUGGUGGUGUCAGAGGAACCUUACCAUGGAUGGCACCAGAGCUUCUGAGUGGGAAAAGUAAUAUGGUGUCAGAGAAGAUUGAUGUCUACUCAUUUGGUAUUGUCAUGUGGGAGUUGCUUACUGGGGAAGAGCCAUACUCUGAUAUGCGUGCUGCCGAAAUUAUCGGGGGCAUUGUAAACGAUUCUCUACGUCCUCAGAUCCCUUCGUGGUGUGAUCCUGAGUGGAAAGGGUUGAUGGAAAGUUGUUGGGGCAGUGAUCCAGCUGACAGGCCAUCCUUCACUGAUAUAUCUCAAAGGUUGAGGAAAAUGGCUGCUGCAAUGAAUGUGAAGUAAAUGUUCAUAAGCCAUGAAAAGGGUCAUGUAAACGUUCCCACACCCAAACUAGUGAUUACAAAAGGAAGGCAAAGUUUAGACCUGAUUAUAUGGAGUAAAUAUGUUACAAAUGCCUUGGCAGCAUCCCAGUUUACCCUACUUCAAAUGAUAAUUUAUUAAGUACUUACUAUUCGGAAGGAUGUUUUCAUCGCGGAAGUUCCAAAGGAGGCCUAAUGAACUUCUGAUCCUGGUGUAAUCAGCUAUCAUUUGCCUUACGUUGAAAAUAGUAUGCUAUAUAGUGUAUCAUCUUGAUGGGACCUGUUGGACUGUAAUGUAAAUAAGUUUUGACUCGCUUCAUCAGGCUGUGCACAUGUUAGAUGUGCACAUUAAUAGGCACGGUUCAAAUCUGGACACAGUUAUCCUUUUUUCCUAAAAAAUUGUGUCCUAGGAGAGAUUGAACGAACUCGAAUAGAUAUAUCCUUGUUCAGAUUGUACAUAGUUGAAGAAUAAAUUUCUACACUGUUUUUCCUGUAUACAUAUCAAAUCACUACCA